UAGACCGGAUCAACCAGUUUUUCUGCCUUGUUGGAAGGAUCAAUUGAUUUUACGCAGCGCUCGUUGCCGAUUGUUUACUUUUCGAGAGUUUGCAAACGUCCAAAAUUGGAAAUAUUUAGCCUUCACCUCCAGCAACAAAAUUGACACAAUUGUUGAAAAUCUAGAAUGAGCAAUCCCCUUAAUUAUAUGCAUUUCAUGCAAGAAUAAAAAUGAAAGUUUAUAUGGUCGUGCACUCUAUGGAUAUCCCUUCCUGUUCCCGAUAAAAAUCGGUUGCCUUAUACCUGCAAGGAGAAUUUAAGGAAACGUUUAGCAAACGGGACAUAGUGACCCACACUGAUGUUUGUCGUUUGUCGGAUCAAUUAUGGAAAUUGACGUCUGGAAACAUGUUUUGUAAUUUCCGCCUCGACCUGGGUGACCAACUUGGACAAAAGAACGGCACAAUUGUCUGCCCGGCCAACUCGAUGGACUUUCACUUCAUUGUCUUCUGUCAUGAGAUGACCCACGAUUAUGGGCAUCCGCUCCAGUGACCUGCGUUUGUUGUUAUUAAAAUCUUAAAAUUGAACACUGAGAUUCGACAGAGUCUUUCAAAUAAUAAGAGGAUAUAAAUGGAGGCAUAAAGUUCACUUACCGUGUUAGUACAGAAUAGUCGAGCAUCCAGCACAAACGCUUUUCAAGUACGUCCAACAAUAUUCCAUGUUGCUGAAACCUAUAUUCGUGGUUGCCCUUAUUGGGCACUGUUUGGCAAGGGCCGAUCCUAGUCGAUCGACCGCCCAAAACGACGCCAGAAAGCCCAUGUUGAUUUACGCCACGAAUGGUGAAGGGAAGACACUUGAAGCCGAGAAAAAGUCUGGAUUCCGUCGAAGCAUUCCUCCUGGUGCGGGAUUAGGAUUCGCUGGUGGAUUCGGGAACGGCGGAUUCAAUACAGGCAUUGGAACAGGAUUCGUGCCCAACGGUGGCAUGAAUUUCGGAACGGGCUUGGGACUCGGGACGGGUUUACCGAAUAAUAACUUCAUGGGCAGCAGUUUCGGUCCUGUGGGUUUAGGAAAUAACUUCGUUGGAACUGGUUAUACGGGAGCUUCAUUUGGUAGUGCUGGACUAGGAAACAAUAUCCUCGGUACUGGUUUUGCAGGAACUAGCUUUGGGGUAGAUGCAAUGUCGAAUCCAUUUGGCUACAGUAAUUCAAUGAUUUACUCACCUUAUGGAAAUAAUAUGGGUGGAUUUGGUGUCAAUACUAGAGUGUUUAAUCAACCCGGUCUCGGUACCAGUUACUGGCCUAAUCAGCAAGGUUUGAUGACCAAUGGGUUCAAUGGAGUGGGAGUUUUCAACGAUCCGUCCGGUUUUAAUAGCCUCGGAAUCAACGGGAACAGCUUUGGCGGAGUCAACUCCUUUAGAAACGGGGCAACCGGACUGAACGGCCUGAAUGGUAUCGGCACCGGAGGACUGAACGGCCUGAAUGGCAUCGGCAGCGGAGUUGGUUUCAACAACAACUUUGGUAGUCUGAGUAAUGGAAUCAACGGUUUCAGCAGCGCAAAUAGUUUGAAUAAUCGCUUCGGUACUGGGUUCAACAACGGCUUGAACAAUUUCAGCUCGUUCAAUACUGGCGUCUCGUCUAGCGGAUUCGGUAACCCAAGCCUGUUUGCAACAAACUCCUUUGGUGAGAGCAAUUCUUUCAAGCGUUCACCUUUAGAUCCAACUUCACCGUACUAUAUCCAGCUCUACAACUCUGAAAACAACGAAGAAGGACAGUCUCAGUCAUCCAACUGGAACAGCCGCAACUCCGGGCUGCCUGCUACCAAUCGCGAUACCAGUGCGGCCGGUACAGUAACCAGUCAUUCGGCUGGUGGCCAAGUCCGAAGCAACUCCGGUUCCGUUUAGCGACAUCUGAAAUCUCGAAAAUGAUUAUCCAAACGAUUCUGUGUAAAAAAAAAUAUCUAAAUUUUCUUCCUUCUUAUUGAGCUGUUUCUUGAAUCGAUGAAUGAUUAUACUUAAAAUUGCACACUUCACACCAUGUUUAAAAAGAAAAAUACACCCUUUUUUCAAUCAA